CCCAUCUCAGUUCCGCGUUAUCCUCAUUCGUGUGUAGGGUUCAAAGUUACUACCGGCUGGCGCACGUUCAUUGGAAGUGACUGUUUUUUCUCUAUCCAUUGAAGGAGUUUAAUGUGAAGUUGAACGCUAUUUGAAUGUAUUAAGGUGCGUAAGUCUACUAAAUCUAGUUGUAGAAAGUGGAUGUCAAUUAAAACUGCUAAAGGAUACGUGUAAGAAGCGAAAGAUAACGCUGAGUGCAAGGAGUCACUUGAUGUGAUUUGUCCUCGCUAGGAUAGUAGGUUGGUGUGCUGUUAACAAGGUCAGGAGAUCAAAUGCGACAUAAGCAGUGGCAGAAGAAGAUGAAAAAUCAUCUGCCGUGACUAUGUGGCGACGGGAACCAUUGAAGAAGAUUGAAGUGGUAGGAAGCACAGGAGAUUGAAGAAGGGGUACGAGUGUGUGGCGAAGGGAUUAAACAGUCGUUUUCGGCACGAGUGAAUAAAGCAAUUAUUAUGCGCUUUUCCCCCUCUUCGAGUGGGUGGCAAAUAAAGAAUAAAUGAUGAUGAUGUGUGACGUGUUUUGAAGUACGGUGAACAUAUUAAAUCAUCAGAAGCUUUCUCCAAGAAAAUGGGGGAGGGGAAUGUAAUUGCAUUUCCGUCAUUUAAAAUCCACUAAGGCAUUGCAACGGAAGUGAGAACAGCUCACCACCCACUCGUGAAUGUGUGUGAGUAUGGUGGUUGAUGGGGGUGGCUGAUAAAAUUUACAUAAUUGCAACACCAAGUGUUGGCGGCGUGGACUAUUCAUGAAUAAAAUUUGAAGGCUUCAAAUACCAAGAAACCAUCCUAUUACGUUCCACGUUUAGCGUUCAGCGAAAAUGUUAUUAUGUAAAAAAUACUGAUGAAUUACACCAGUCCACGUCGGCUUGGGUUCGUGAUGCAUGAAAGCAACCUUCCAACGAAUAUUAAAAGUACAUCACAGAACAACAAAAGCGUUCAUAUCGAUACCAACUGUGGAAAAUGCUUUGAAGCGUGGCUGCUUCUAAGGCCGACGUAAAGCACAAAUAUACACAAUUGAUAUUCAUUAGUGUACUUCCACCGGCAUGACAUCGACGAUACAAUUACGAGAAGAAUGAAUUUACCGUUUGAUUAGCUGUGUGUUUCCGGGAAUAUAUCGCUGAAAGCACAUCUGGAAAUCGAGAAUCGCAUAGCAACGAAUGUGCACCGAGGGAAUCAAUUUGUUCCGAGUGUCGAACGGGUAAACGAUAUUUAUCUACAAAAUGCAGCAACGUUUUUUCCCGCGGUGCUGAGUGCUUAAAAGUAGAUAGUGAAACCUCAGUUACGAGGAAAGGAUAGUGGUGUAGUGCAGAAAAAAAAUCUCGGAAAAGUGAUUGCACAAAACAAGGAAGCAAAAUGAGCUGCCGCCGAGCCAACACUAAUCUGGGAUUCAUUUACUGUGGAUUAAUUUUAUCAUCGCUGGGUAGUACCUUAGCAACGAGAAUAUUCGACAUCGAAAGCAUACCGCUGGUGAAGUACAUUGCCGUUGCUGGACGUAACGUUACCUUAAGCUGUCCCGGGGUAAAUGAACACUCGCUGGUGGACACUCUCACAUGGAAAACCAGCAUCACAGUAGCCGAGUUUGUCAACGGGCUACCACUAGCCAGUAAUAAUAGGAUAACAUUGCUACCUGAUAAUUUUAGUCUCCACAUAAGUCCAACGGUCGCCUCGGAUACGGCCGAAUACAGUUGUCUGGUGAACGACCGACACAGUCCAGAAGCCAUCGUGGAUUUGCUCGUUCAAGACGUUCCGGAUCCACCGGGGCGACCAUUAGUCGUCAGCUUUACGUCACGUUCCGUGCACCUGUCCUGGGCACAUUCACAGGAUCCUCGCAAUGCACCUGUAACGAAUUUCAUCAUCGAAACGAGGGUUGGCGAGAACGGUGGGUGGGACCAGGUGCCAACAAUUCGUACGAAAAAUAAUGCGACAUCUCAUCAAGUGAGUGGUCUCCUGCCCUUUACGGUGUACAGCUUCAGGGUGAUUGCCAUCAAUGAGCUAGGACGAAGCCCACCGUCCAAGGAAUCGUACUACUUCGUUACCCUGCGAGAAGCGCCAACGGGCAAACCGGUGACGACAAUCGCCCACAAUACCAGCGCCAGCUCCUUGUACAUCUCGUGGAAACCUCCACCGCCGGACACGAUCCUGGGCGAGUUCCUUGGUUACCGAAUCACGUAUCGCAAGCGGGAUCCCAACUCGGAGGAUGUCAAGGAAAUUUACAUCCGUGACAGCUCCGUCGAGAGCCACGAAAUCCACAAUCUGCAAACCUACACCCAGUAUCUGGUAUCAAUCCAGGUGUUCAACCCGGAAGGCUUAGGGCCACCUACAACCGUUCUUGUCAUGACCGACGAAGGAGUUCCAAGUAAACCCCGCAAUCUAAGCAUUCUGGAAGUGACCUCCACCACCAUCCGAAUAAGCUGGCAGGAACCAGAGCGAAAGAAUGGCGUCAUUCAUGGAUAUCGAGUAUACUACGUGUAUCAAAACCAAACAUUGCUUCAUCUUCCCAUUCUGAAGAGCGAUGCAAUUCAAAACUCGAUUUACUACUACACUUUAUCUAGUUUAAAACCGUUCACCGAUUAUCGACUGAUAGUUGCCGCGUUCACCAUGAAGUACGACGGCGAAACAACAGAGGUUUCCGUCCGGACCGACAUCUCCGGGCCCAGUGCGCCAAAGUUCGUCAAUUUAACCUGCUAUUCGGAAGAUGCCCUAUUCCUAGCGUGGCGAAUACCACAGCACUUCUACAACUCGGUUAACCACUACAUAGUGAGUUACCGAAACAUGGAUUACACACGAUCGAGGGAGAUCCGAAUAUCCGCCAAUGCGUCGAUCGUGGAAACUUCGGUUGUGUUACAGAAUCUGACUACAGAUGCAAGCUACGAGCUGAAAGUUCGAGCCGCUUCCAUUAGCGUAAUUAACCCGAACAAAGUUAUUUUGGGACCGUUUUCAGAGCUACGAAAGAUAACUCUCAAAGCGAACUGCGAUCAGCAUCCCCCACCAUCUUUGUACCAUCCGUACGCAGAUUACGAUCUGAUAGUUCUGGCUGGAGCGGUCAUUUGCUGCUUCGGCUUGCUUCUAGUCAUCCUGGCCAUUGUGCUGUGGAAAAAAUGCUUCAACACAACUUAUACCAACGAAGCGGAUUCCGCGCACGUGGAUCAAAAGCCACAGCAGCAAACGCAAAUCGACUGGAAGGCCACCUGCGAUACCAACGGGGUCAUUCAGACUACAGUUCCCGUCACGAAGAUCAUGCAGAACGGCAACCAUCGACAUCUGACGAUCGACGGCGACUGAUAAAAGGCGAUCCAAUCCGGGAGCUGCCACGAAGAUGAUGACUUUCAGCACCAAUGGCAGCAGACCCGAAUCGAGACGCGAGUUUCCCCCACCAGCAUCCCCGUCUCCAGUUUCGGAACCCCGGUGAGACAUUUCUCCGGUACCACUAUGCUCUACAUCCCUGAUCUGGAGGUGGUUAUCAAUCCGGAAGCAUGAAGACUGUGUUGUGUGAAUAUGCGAACCGUAGGGUAACGGGCGCAUUUUGUACAGUUAGUGAAUUUUAAUGAUAUCCUAAGCACACUGAUACAUUCGGAAAAAGGUAUGAAGGCGAACAACAGAUAACAGGUAGGAAAGAACACCGCAUGCUAGGAGUAACUCUUUAUUUUGCGUUGACGAGUUUUCAUUUUGAAAAAGGUUUUAAGAGAAGACGCUGGAGAGUGCUAAACUGUGAAAAGUAUGCUUCGGGCUUGUGUAAAGUAAAGUAUUUUAAGGAUCAGCGAAUAGAAAAUUCGUCAGAGAGGUACUUGCCAAUAAUUUUCAUUUUUUAAA